AUGGACGCUACCGAGACCGUCAUGGAGGGGGAAGCACCCAAGAGCGCCAUGCGUCACCUGACGAAGGCAACUGCCGCGACGCCGAGCAUGGUCGACGGCGCAUGGAAGGAUGGAAUGGACAAGCUCGAUGAGCGCAACCUCAACAUGGAAGAAGCGGUGGAGGCCGAUAUGGCGUUCAAGGUCCCGACCAGUCCCGAGCUCAUCGACUUGCUUCUGCUGCAGAUCGGGACAUGCGUCGACAGGGAGAACUUUGUGACGCACGAG